AUGUUCGACUCAGUUUCGUUUGUCUCCUCAGAGCCGCUUCCUGUCCGCAGCGCUCAGAUAUUGGACUAUAAGGAGGCUCCAGAGACUGGCGUGGUGUUUGAAAUCGAUCCUCCGACCAGAAACGUCUUCAGCAGAGUCAACAUCAGCUACGCUGAAGGACAGGAGCGCCGAUCGAUGCUCUAUAAAGAUUUCUACAGGGGGAAGACAGUGUUUAAGCACUGGUUACCGGGGAUGUGUUACCGAAACAUCACCUUCCAGCUGAUCUCAGAGGCCACCGUGUACCAAACUGCACUGGUGACCCACAGUGACAUCACUCACACACCGCUGCAUCAUCGGACAGUGCCCCACCCUCCCCUCAACAUCUCCUAUAAGAUCAUCCAUUUGAGCCAGAGGGCAGCUCCAGGUCAGCUCCCCGACAUGCUCCCACAUGAUAGUGGGCAGCGAUCCCCCCGCCAGGCCCGGGACGUCCCACUGAUGGAGGAGCGGGAGGAGGAGGAGACCCAGGCUGAGGAGAAUACCUCAGAUGAGGUAAUAGGAGUCACUUACGCCCCCUUCAACUCCACAAAAGUGUUGACGGUGAGCGCCCCCAUUGAUGUGAACAACAGCCGCACGGAGGAGGCAGAGCCUUCGAGCUACUGGCUGGAUCCGACGGAGCCAUCUCCUGCCGACAAGGAUGAGGAGUUCGUUAAUGGCGUGCUGCCCGAGUACGAAGACUCCAACGAGCCGGGCUCGGCCAUGGCACUCCCUGCCGAGCCUUCUGUCCUGCCCACCAGGCUUCCGCCAGUCCUUUUGGAACUGCGCUGGCUGCCACCGCGCCCACCCACCAGCUACGACGGUUUCAACGUCUACAUCUACAGAGAUGGUAACUCGACAGAAACAGCGACGGUGGAUGAAAGCACUCACGAGUUCUUUACAGAGUUAACGGAGCCGGGAAUAUACCGUGUGCAAGUGACCACACUGAGCUCGUCUGGAGACUGCGAGUCCCGAGAGAGCAGUGGCGACACUGCCUUCACCUUCUACCUCAGUCCCAGCGGCGAGCUGCUGGAGGACCUGCGAGAGCGUCCUCAAGCCGUCAGCGUCAGGCUGCUGGACUCGAGCACCGCUGCCAUCUCCUGGGCGCCAUCGUCGCAGAACCACAAUGGGAGCCUCGUGUCAGUGGUUUCCACCACCUGCCUGAAGCCCAGCCUGAGCCAGAGGAUGGAGAACACCUACUGCAGCGAGGAAAACUCGACGAGUGACAUCAUCACCAACCUGACGCCGGGUGCUCAAUACCGGGUGGUCGUCUAUCACACCAAUGGACCCCUGAUCAGCCCGCCGUCGGAGCCCGUCAUCAUCGAUAUCGAGCCCACCGGCGUGCGCGAGCUCACCGUUUACCCCCUGAGUCCAACGGCAGUGAUCCUCAGCUGGCAGCGUCCAUACCACGUUGCCUUCAGGAAAUAUGUGUUGCAGACCUUCUUCUUCAACCCCGUCACGCUUGCCUCUGAGUGGACCACCUACUACGAGAUCGCCGCCACCGCCUCCGUCAUCGCCUCAGUGAGGGUGACUGACUUGCUGCCUGCCUGGUAUUAUAAUUUCCGUGUUUCCAUGGUGACGUGGGGUGACCCACCGCUCAGCUGCUGCGACAGCUCCACCGUGAGCUUCGUCACAGCUCCCGAGGCGCCUCACAUCUCCUCUGUGGAUUACUCUCAUGGCGUUCUGUACGUCCGCUGGACAUACGGCGAGCUCUUCAUUGACCUGUCGCACUCAAGGAUGCUGCACUGGCAAGUGGUCGCUGUCGGGAAGAAGGGACCGGAGAAGACGUACUCCGUUGACGUGACUCGGAAUGUGAUGCGGGCAAGCCUCCCUCUGCCUCCCGGAGACAUCUACAACCUGACGGUGACGGCAUGCACAGAGCGCAGCAGGAACACGUCCACGCCAAACAUCAUCAAACUGGGUCAGCGAGUAUUCACUGCAAUUAACAAAGAUAUAAUAACUCUAAGAAAAACAAAGAAUACAAAGGUAUUCACUGCUAACAGACUAACUCCCCCAAAGUUCCCAGAGUGCUUUUUCAAAAGAAUCAUCCCAGUUUUCUUGAGAAAGCAUAAAUGAUUUAUAUUAGUACACUAUAACUGAAAGGCCGACCUUUAACUCUGUAAUUCUCAGAGCUGUAAAAUUGAGUUAAAGGGAGGGUUAGCUUCUGGAUUACACUCAGUAUUAAACUCCAGUAAAAGUUUGAGCUGUUGCUGAGAAAGCAUCACGCAUUAAACCAAAGAAAUCACUUUAGACCUGAGAAAAAGAAUCAGUUAUGCUCAUAAAGCAGGAGGUGGAUUUAGAAAAUUAUCAAGUUAUAAUGUUGAGUAAUGAGGCUGCAGACUGAGAACAAUUCCACUUCUGCAGA